AUGCCCCCCGCCGCCUCCACCUGUUCCAAUCCAAAGCCCCUCCACGCCCGCCUCCUCCGCUCUGGCGCCCUCUUCGCCGACCGCUCCGCCGCUGCCCCCCUCGCCGCUGCCGCCUCCCUCGCCUCCCUUCCCUACGCCCUCUCCCUCCUCCGCGCCCACCCCUCCACCUUCUCCUACAACUCUGCCAUUCGCGCCAUCUCCCGCGGGCCCCGCCCCCACCUCGCCAUCUCGCUCUACCGCUCCAUGCUCUCCCACCCAACAACUACAACUACCCACCCCUCCUCGCCGCCUGCGCCCGCAUUGCCGCUUCCUCCUCAUCAGCUGCAGGCGCUGCCGUCCACGCCUCCCUCUUCCGCCGCGGCCUCGAAUCUCCCGAGCGCUUCAUCAGGGCAUCCCUCCUCUCCUUCUACGCCGCCGCGGGGGACUUGCCCGCCGCACGCCAGGAUGCUCGAUGCCGACGAGGUCACCCUGCUCGCGCUCCUUUCUGCCUGCGCGCACCUCGGCGCGCUCCACACCGGCCGCUGGUUGCACGCCUACCUCGCAAGGACCUGCUGCAUCCCCAUCACAAAAUAUCUUGGCACCGCGCUCCUCAACAUGUACAUGAGGUGCGGCGAUGUCCAAAGCGCAUGGUCUGUCUUCCACGCGACUCGCCACAAGGAUGUCCGCACCUGGACCGUCAUGAUUGCCGGGCUGGCUGUCAAUGGCUUCUCCACGGACGCUCUCACUUUGUUCAGAGAGAUGAAAGACCGCGGCAUACAUCUGGAUUCCAUCACCCUGACCGCCGUUCUGAGCGCAUGCGCGCAUGCUGGCAUGGUUGACGAGGGCAGGAGGAUCCUGCACCGUAUGUCUGUCGACCAUCAUCUGCAACCCACCAUAGAGCACUAUGGUUGUGCCGUUCAUCUGCUUGGCCGAGCAGGCCGGCUAGAGGAGGCACUGGCUCUUAUUAGAGCCGUUCCAUUGAAGGCUGAUGUUGCCUUAUGGGGUGCUCUCUUGGUGGCUUGCAGGUGUCACAAGAAUGUUGAGAUGGGGCAGAUGGUUGCGAUGGAAAUUCUCAGGUUGGAUCCUCAGCAUGCCGGGGCCUGGGUUUUCUUAUCUAAUGUCUAUGCUGCUGCUGGCAAAUGGGACCUUGUACAAGAGGUCAGGAGCUCAAUGAAAGAACAUGGGAUACACAAGCCUCCAGGAUCGAGCGUUGUCGAGCUUGAUGGUGUUGUUUAUGAGUUCUUUUCUGGGGAUCAUUCACAUCCUCAGUCUGAUCAGAUUUAUGCGAUGCUUGAUGAGAUAGGAAAAACCUUGAGCCUCAAAGGGCACAAGCCUGCCACUAAAGGAGUUACUUUUGACAUUGAUGAGGAGGACAAAGAAGUUUGUAUCUCGGAGCACAGUGAAAAGCUGGCAGUUGCCUUUGGACUGCUCAACACGAGGAGAGGGGAUGUUAUCCGAAUAGUAAAAAACUUGAGAAUCUGCGAGGAUUGCCACUAUGUCAUGAAGGUCAUUUCCGAGGUCUAUGAUCGAGUUAUAGUUGUUAGAGAUCGUAACCGUUUCCACCAUUUCAAGAACGGUUCUUGUUCUUGCCUGGACUACUGGUAG